AAUCAUCACUGAACUAUCACGGAGGAGGAAAAAGAGAACUAAAAAAAGGGGAUGUGUUGAUACAUUUCUGCUGUCAAAAUGUCGGCGCACGAUCAGCUGGUGCUCUGUUUGUGUGAAUUAAUCAGGUAAGGUGAAAACCUUUCAAACUUUGAGUAUAAACUCAUAGUUAAAACAUGAAAUCUCCAUUAUGGCCGGUUAUUUCACAGUGUGUUAGCAGCUACAAUGCUAAUAGCUUUUAAAGCAACGAUGGUAACAGAUAGUAACGUCUUUACGUCAAAUACGUCAAUAUCGAAUUAACGUAACCGAUGUCGAUGUUAUAUAGACAAAAAAUGCUUCAUUUAAGAUAUGGAUAUUAAUAUUUCUGAAUUUUAUAUGUUUUUGAAUGUUUUAAGUCAACAAUAAAUGAUUUAAUUUUUUUACAUGACAAAAACCUGGCAGUUGAACAGGGGUGUGUAGACUUUUUAUAUCCACUGUAGGCCAGAUGUUCACAGUCUAAGUAUUGGAGUCCUAGUCCAGGUCUUGUUCUAAAGUGGUUUUGGCUAAAAAAAAAAAAAAAAGUCUGUGAAAUCCUUAGUUUUUACAUAUUUAAUUUUUGAAAAAAUGGUUUGCAUAUGAAUCUUGUACCUUAAAAAAGUCUGACCCUGAUCUUAACAGACUGUAGCCCCACCAUUUUCUGUCUCAAGCCUGGGUUUGAUGGAUCUGGAGCAGGUCCUACUCUGAUGUGUUGUGAAGAGUCAAUAUAAAUUCCAUAAAUCUGAAACCAUAUUUUAAAGAGGGUCUUGUCUCCCCAGGGUCAAAUAGUCAAUUUUUUCUUUACCUUGGAGUUUAAUCUUUGUGUUUCAGGUUACUGUGGAAGUUGUUGCUGCCUCUGCUGUUUCUGUGUGUGCUGUUGAUUGCCGUCCUGGUCCUGCUGGUAGUUGCUGUCCGUUUCUGGCUUCAGAGUAGCAGGAAUGCUCGGCGAGCGAGAGAUGGACGGCCAACUGUUGCGUUCUUCCACCCUUACUGCAACGCUGGAGGCGGGGGAGAGAGGGUGCUCUGGUGUGCCAUCAGGGCGCUUCAGAACAGGUACAGCCUUCAUAAUAAUGUUCAUUAACUGUUGUUCUUAGCUCCUGUACUGACAACUGUGUCUUUCACAGGUACGUGGAUGUUAACUUUGUGGUGUACACGGGGGACCUGGGUGUGACGGGGCAGCAGAUUGUGGAUGGAGCUCGUCGUCGGUUCAACAUCGUCCUUCCCCGUCCCGUUCAGUUUGUGUUCCUGAGGCACCGGCUGCUGGUGGAGCCUGGUCUGUUUCCUCACUUCACUCUGCUGGGACAGAGUGUGGGCUCCAUCUUCCUGGGAUGGGAAGCUCUGACAGAGUUUGUCCCAGACCUUUACAUUGAUUCCAUGGGCUACGCUUUCACUCUGCCCCUGUUCCGUUAUCUUGGAGGCUGCAGCGUGGGGAGUUAUGUGCACUACCCCACCAUCAGCACAGACAUGCUGUCAGUGGUGAGAGAAAGGAACCCCAGGUAUGCACUCACUUUUCCAAGUCUAUUCCUUCCACUGAUUCUUCUCUUUGUGUGUCAGUCCUGUUAGGCAAGAGAAGAGACAAAGAGAGACGUCAAAGCAACGAGUACUCCACUUUUUUACGCACUAAAUAAAUCCGAAAUAUUUUAAGGACUCUCGUUCUCUCUGCAUUUAGGAAGACAUUUUUCCAAUUGUAUUUCAAUAAGAAUUUUAAAAUUAGCCAUCUUAGUCACAAGAAAUACAUGGUCCAUCUACAUUAGGGCCCGACCGAUGUGGAUUUUUUGGGGCCGAUACCGAUUAUUAGGGGGGAAAACAUCCGAUUACCGAUUAAUCGGCCGAUUUUUCUUUUCUUUUAUGAAGUUAUAAAAAUAUAUAUAUACUGUAGAUAUCUAUAGUGCAGUAUACUAUAAACUGUAGAUAUACUGUAGGCUACUGCUCCUCAUGCCGACAGGAAGACCGACUGAUCAAACUCGGACCAGAAAAGCAUUUUCAACCCCCCACCCCCCACUGAUCGGUGCCUCCGUGUCUUGACUCGUGUUACUCAUUUCCGGUCCGGUCUCAUCUGGAGACAUUUAGCUGCCUCAGCAAGAGAAGUAGCUCGAUCACGUAAUGAGUACUGUUGUUUAUUCUACAGUUACUGGCACAGCUAACAGUGUAGCAAGGCUAAUAGCAGGUCGCUGCGCCAUCUACAGGAUAAGUUGGGGAACUUUUGAAAUGGCGAAAUGUUUUCGAAGUGAAACCAAAUCUUAUUCUUCGCAUUCUUAUUUCUAAAAAUAUCGUCGAAAAUUUGGCGAGUUUGGCCGAUUACCUAUUUGUCUCAAAUGGGCUGAAAUAGGCUCAUUUAAUCGGCUUGCCAAUAAAUAAAUCGGUCGGGCCCUCAUCUUAAUGUUCCAAACCAUAAAAUUCUCUUUUUGGUCACAUUUUACUCACCUUCUUUAAUAUUUAGGUGGUAGAUUUACAAACUUUUCAUGUUCCAGGUUCAACAAUGCCGACUACGUCACAAACAGUCUCUUCCUGAGUGCCUUCAAAGUGGUCUACUACUGCCUCUUUGCUCUGCUCUACGGCAUGGCCGGCUCCUGCAGCGACCUCAUCAUGGUCAACUCUUCUUGGACUCUUGACCACAUCCUGUCACUGUGGCGCGCUCCAAACCGCACCAAUGUGGUCUACCCGCCCUGUGAUGUCAGUGCCUUCCUGGACAUCCCACUGGAGGAGGACGGGGACAAGAAGUGCCACUCAAUUGUCUCCAUUGGGCAGUUCAGGCCUGAGAAGGACCACCGGCUGCAGAUCAGAGCGUUCAAGAAGGUGUUAGACCGCAGGAGGGAGGGGGCAGGGGGCAGGGAGGCUCUAAAGCUGGUUCUGAUUGGUGGAUGCAGGAACCAGGAGGAUGAGGACAGGGUGCUGUUGCUGAGGGGGCUGUGCCAGGAGCUGGGUGUGGCAGACAGGGUGGAGUUUAAACUAAACAUUCCUUUUGAAGAGCUGAAGAAAGAGAUGGGAGAAGCCACUAUCGGGCUGCAUACCAUGUGGAAUGAACACUUUGGGAUAGGUAAUUUAUCCAUCUCAGGUCUUUUUAAAGUGUGUAAAAUGGCGUUCUACUUGGUUAAAUUCUCUUUUUUUUCCCUUCAAGGGGUCGUCGAGUGUAUGGCAGCUGGAAAAGUUAUCCUGGCACACAAAUCGGGCGGCCCCAAGCUGGACAUCGUGGUCCCGUUUGAGGGCGGCCAAACAGGCUUCCUAGCUGAAGAUGAGGACAGUUACGCAGAGGCCGUUGAGAGGAUCCUGGCUCUGCCGCCUGAAACCCGUUUGCAGAUCAGAAACAACGCACGACAAUCUGUCGCUCGCUUCUCAGAUCAGGAGUUCGAGGCGUGUUUCUGCGCUGCUGUGGAGCCUCUGAUGGCGACACUCGAACGAUGAGAAGAGGACUCGCACUUUCCUGUGUUAUAUUAACAAUAGAGGCUGUUUGACUCUUUUAGCACCUUUACUUUGAUAAACUGACUGAAGCACUGGCUGGUUACAGAAACAUUUGGGAAUGUAUUUUUGUAGGGUUAACAGAUGGGGAAAUAUAAAAGGGAAAAUAUCUUUGCAGUUAGUGAAUUUAGCUGCUGUAAAUUUUGCAUUUUUAGUUUGGAUUUUUUUGUAUAUACUGACUUAUCCUGUAUAUGACAGAUACAGUUUUACAGGAGACAUUCCUUGGUAGAGUCAGUUUAACAGUAGCGGUUAAGAAAAUUAAUAUGUUAAGUAAUAGAUGGAGGAGGUGGCAUUGUGUGCAGAAAAAAAUGUAAAAUUAUUAGAGAAGAUAAAUAUUUGUUGUUUACAUACCUGAAAUGUGAAGUAUUUUUGAUAUCGCAGAUGAAUGUAAAAAAAUAAAUGCUAUGGGAUGUUGCAGUGGA